AUGCCUACCGUUUCAGUCAACAAGCAGCAAUUAUUCGACCUAUUAGGAAAGAAUUAUGCCAAUGAUGAAUUUGAUGAAUUAUGUUUUCAAUUUGGUAUCGAAUUAGAUGAAGACACCACUGAAGAAGCUUUAAAAGCCGGUGAAGAACCAGAAUUGAAAAUUGAAAUUGGCGCAAACCGUUACGAUUUAUUAUGUAUUGAAGGUAUUGCCCAAUCUUUGAACGAAUACUUAGGUAGAUCCGAAACUCCAAAGUACAAAUUAACCAAGCCAACUACUAGGUUAUAUGUUGAUCAAGCUACUGAGCAAAUAAGACCUUAUGCAGCUGCCGCAAUUUUGAGAAACAUCUCUUUUAAUGAAAAAUCAUAUGCAUCUUUCAUCUCUCUACAAGAUAAACUUCAUUCCAAUUUAUGCAGAAACAGAACACUGGUUGCCAUGGGUACUCACAAUUUAGAUGCCACUACUGGUCCAUUCCACUACCGUGCAUUACCUCCAAAGGAUAUUAAGUUCGUUCCAUUGAAUCAAACUAAGGAAUUCGACGCUGCUGAAUUAAUGGAAUUUUACAAACAACCAGAACAAAAAAACAAUCUAGGUCGUUUCGUUCACAUUAUUGAAAAUUCUCCAGUUUAUCCUGUUAUUAUGGAUUCUAGCGAUGUUGUUUGUUCUUUACCACCAAUAAUUAAUUCAGAACAUACCAAAAUCUCUGUUGACACACGCAACGUUUUCAUUGAAAUUACGGCUACGGAUAAGACCAAGGCUGAAGUUGUCCUAGACCAAUUGGUUGCCAUGUUCUCUCGUUACUGUGGUGAUGAAUUCACCGUUGAACCCGUCGAAAUCGUUUCAGAACAUAACGGUCAAUCACGUAUUACCCCAAACUUCGCUGAAAGAAAAAUGAACGUUUCCAUUGCUUACAUCAACGCUGCAUUAGGUUUAGAACAAUCUGCAGAUGAAAUUAUUGCAUGCUUGAAAAAAUUAUCUUUACAUGCUACCGCUUCUUCUGAAGAUAAAGAUAUCUUGGAAGUCAGUAUCCCAAUUACUAGACCAGAUAUAUUACAUCCAUGUGAUAUUAUGGAAGAUGCUGCAAUUGGCUAUGGUUACGAUAACUUGCCAAAGACUGAAAAACUAUCUAAUGCCAACUUCAUUGCUUCCCCUCUACCUAUUAACAAAAUUUCAGAUAUUUUCAGAGUUGCCUCUGCUCAAGCUUCAUGGCUAGAAGUCAUGGCUUUAACUUUAUGUUCUCAUGAUGAAAACUUCAAAUUCUUAAAGACUGAGGACGAUAACACAAAGGCCGUCAAAUUAGCAAACCCAAAAACGUUAGAAUACCAAGUUGUUAGAACCACUUUGUUACCUGGUAUUUUAAAGACCGUUAAGGAAAAUAGAAAACAUUCAUUACCAAUCAAAGUUUUCGAAACUGGUGAUGUUGUCUUCAAAAAUGACGCAUUAGAAAGAAAGGCCUACAACGAACGUCAUUGGGGUGCUAUUUACACUGGUAAAAACUCAGGGUUCGAAAUUAUUCAAGGUCUUCUUGGUAAAAUUAUGCAAACUUUGAGAACCCCUUGGGUUGCUGACUUUGGCGCUGCUUCUCCAUCAAGAGGUUACUGGAUUGAACAAGAUGAUUCCUUAAAGACAUAUUUCCCUGGUAGAGGAGCUAAGGUCAUGUUCAGAGCCAAGGAAGGUGCUGAGCCUCAACAAGUUGGUCAUCUAGGUGUUUUACAUCCAGAAGUAAUGAACAACUUUGACAUCCCAUACGCUGCUUCAUAUGUUGAAUUAAAUGCCGAAGUUUUCUUAUAG